AUGACAACACCCCUCCCACAAGUAGCAAUCCCAGGUCAAUGCCUGGGAUCUGCAUCCAAAUACACAGCCGGUCCAGGAACCCACAUUCAACAAUCCAAUAUCUACGCCUCCAUCGCAGGCCCCGUCAUCCUCGAUCCCGCCCAACCAAACACCCAAACAAAAUCUAUACUGCGAGUCUCACGAACAAUUCCCGCAAAACCCCACCUUGCCUCAACUUCAAAAUCAAAGGAUCGCUACAACACCCUUCCAGCUGUGAACUCCAUUGUCCUGGCACGAGUAACCCGCGUCCAAAAACGUCAAGCAACAGUCUCCAUCCUCGUUGUUCUAGACGAAGACUCUCUUGAUCCUGCUCAAACAUCAGACAAUGACAACAUCGCUUCCAUCUUGACUUCGGCUGCAAAUCCAGAGAAUCACAGCACAACUGAUGAACUACGGUUCCAAGCUUUGAUUCGCAAGGAAGACGUGCGUGCUGUUGAGAAGGACCGUGUUAUUAUGGAUGAGAUGUUCCGUGUUGGUGAUAUUGUUCGUGGCUCCGUCAUUUCUCUCGGUGACCAGAGUUUCUACUACAUUACUACUUCGCGGAAUGAUCUUGGUGUGGUUAUGGCCCGCAGUGAGGGAGGUAAUAUGAUGUUCCCCGUUAGUUGGAAGGAGAUGCGGGAUCCUAUCACCAAUGCUUCUGAGCUGAGAAAGGUUGCGAGGCCCUAUUGA